AUGUCAAGAGCGCAGCCAUCGCCGAGAUGGCCAAGUUGUGUACCAAGGUCCCCGAGAGGAUGUGAUCGAAUUCUUUCAGUCUAUGGGUUCAGAUGCCCUCAGAGGAAGGGUGUAGCUGACUUCUUGCAAGAAGUGACUUCAAAGAAAGAUCAGAAACAGUACUGGGCAUGGCCAGACAAGCCCUAUAGGUUUGUUCCAGCCAAGGAAUUCGCAACUGCUCUCAAGUUAUUCCACACUGGGAGAACUUUAGCCAAGGAUCUCGCCAUGCCAUUCAACAGGAGCAAGAGCCAUCCAGCUGCACUGACCACCACCAGGUACGGUGUGAGUGGCAUGGAGUUGCUGAAGGCGAACAUAGACAGGGAGAUCCUUCUCAUGAAGAGGAAUUCUUUCAUUUACGUGUUCAGAACAUUCCAGUUGACACUAAUGUCAAUCAUCGUAAUGACCGUAUUCUUCCGCACAAACAUGAAGCACGAUUCCGUGGCAAGUUAUGUUCUUUGGUAUCCUUAUGAUCAUGAAGAUAAAGUGAAGAAAUGGUGGAUAUGGGGCUAUUGGAUCUCCCCACUGAUGUAUGUGCAGAAUGCCAUCACAGUGAAUGAGAUGUUGGGGAAUAGCUGGGACAAAGUAUUGAAUAGAACUAUUUCCAAUGAGACUCUGGGUGUGCAGGUCCUUAAGUCCCAUGGGGUGUUCCCGGAAGCCAAGUGGUAUUGGAUAGGCUUUGGUGCAUUGCUGGGAUUCACAAUUUUGCUCAAUGUUGUCUUCACUUUUGCCCUUACGUAUCUUAAGCCAAAUGGAAACUCCAAGGCAUCAAUAUCAGAAGAGGAGCUGAAGCUAAAGUGUUCCAAUGUGAAUAAUGACAUUAUGGAUGCCAAUCCCUUGGCGUCAAGGGCUACUCUUCAGCUAAUAGGAAACAACACUGAAACUAAUUUAGAAAUGUUGGAAGAUGAUUCUGGCCCUAGUCAAAGGGGGAUGGUUCUCCCAUUUCCCCCACUUUCUCUCAGUUUUGAUGACAUUAGAUACUCCGUUGAUAUGCCACAGUUUGUAACCUUUGGUACAACAUCAAAUUCAGAAAUGAAAGCACAAGGUGUAGUUGAAGACCGCUUGAUACUCCUCAAAGGCAUUAGUGGAUCUUUUAGGCCAGGGGUGUUGACCGCACUGAUGGGUGUCAGUGGAGCCGGCAAGACUACGUUGAUGGAUGUAUUAGCAGGGAGAAAAACCGGCGGCUAUGUCGAAGGAAAUAUAAGCAUUUCAGGAUAUUCGAAGAAUCAAGAGACUUUCGCUCGUGUAUCUGGAUACUGUGAACAGAAUGAUAUCCACUCACCUCAAGUGACAGUUUAUGAGUCAUUGCUUUUCUCUGCUUGGCUCCGUCUUCCUAAGGAUGUAGAUUCCAACACAAGAAAGAUGUUCAUCAAGGAGGUCAUGGAGCUUGUAGAGCUGAAACCACUGAGAGAUGCUUUGGUUGGACUUCCUGGAGUAAAUGGUUUGUCAACCGAGCAGCGGAAGAGACUGACGAUUGCUGUGGAACUUGUUGCAAAUCCAUCCAUCAUCUUCAUGGAUGAGCCAACCUCAGGGCUCGACGCACGGGCAGCAGCAAUUGUAAUGAGGACAGUUAGGAACACUGUUAAUACUGGUAGAACUGUGGUUUGCACGAUCCAUCAGCCUAGCAUUGACAUAUUUGAACAAUUUGAUGAGCUUUUUCUAAUGAAGCGGGGUGGAGAAGAUAUCUAUGCUGGUCCAUUAGGUCACAACUCUUCGGAGCUGAUCAAGUAUUUCGAGGCGAUUGAAGGUGUCAGCAAAAUUAAAGAUGGCUACAAUCCAGCAACGUGGAUGCUAGAAAUGACAACAGUCUCUGAAGAACAUAUCUUAGGUGUUGAUUUUAGUGACAUAUAA